AUGGAGAAUGAUGAAUUGUUUGUAGACACUUGUGGACCAUGUGACCCUGAGGAGAAGGCGGGACCAGGGCAGGAGGAAACAGUCUGGACACACAAGCCUCCGCGCCCUGAAAGGAAAGUGGACAUGUUCAGCCCUGGGCAACUGGUGUCGGCUUUAUCGCCUGCCGUCUUCCCUUCCUCGCCAGCGCACUUCUAUCCAGCUCUCCCGGCUAGGCUCGGCACAGCGCAGAUCUCCAGCCUGCUCAUUCCGAGGCCCCUGGUAAGCUACGAGAUCCUCCAGAGCUACCUGCAGCCCGAGCCGUGCAAGCAAGCUCUGCUCCUGGCCACGCAGGCGGCCGGCUUGGUGGGAAUCACAGACUACACAGACGAGCCACGGCCGGUGAAGCAGAGGCGCGCGCGGGCCAACUACAGCAGCUGGCAGCUGGAGGAGCUGGAGAAGGCCUUCGAGAGCACACAUUACCCUGACAUCUUCAUGAGAGAGGCCCUGGCCCUCCGUCUGGACCUCAUUGAGGCCCGAGUGCAGGUGUGGUUUCAGAACCGCAGGGCCAAAAUGCGGAGGCAGUUGAAACUACAGGGACGGACAGAAACCAAAGACCGCGAGGAGACUGCGACCCCACCUGGAACCGUAUCACGCCAUGGCGCCCAGGACACCGAGAACUCAGACACAGAGCAAUGGAACAGCAAACGGGAGAGGGCAGGCUGCCCCAGGCCCGGGACCCUGGCCCAUUUUCAGGGUAUGGCGCGGGGGUCCAGGGAACAGAGGAGGGUGGAGGGCCCGGGCACGGACGAAUUGCGCUCCUACAGUAUUGCCAAGCUUCGGGCCAAAGCCAAAGAGCACGAGGCAGUUAUCCACAGCAGCGCCGCCAAAUCCAGAUUAGAGCUGCUGCCACACACAGAAGCCUCUCCCAGGGACACGGAGAGUGACUGA